CCUAGGCGUAUGUAUUGUUUGUUUACAACCAUUUGUUAUAAUAAGGUGUUUGUAUACAUUAUAUUGCUCUAAUACAUUGCGUUACUCAAGAAGGAGGACAUUAUUUCACUUACUGAAGUCUCAAAAACUUUUCUUAAAAUCGAACUGUCACGUAUAGUUCGAAAAUUCAUCGAUGGUUGGACUGUAAAUUUCGGUUUCCUCGAAAAUGCCAAUUAUUCUGAAAAUUCUCUAAAGUUCGCUCAACAUUUCUAUAGGACUGAGACCUUUCAGAAUGCCGAGUCAAAAAAUCCACAGGAUGGGCAGUUUAAGCUAACUUAAACUGCCAAUUAGCUUAAAGCUACCAUUUGAGAAAAUUGGUAGUCUCAGUGUAAUUAUAAUAAAGCUCUUCGCUUUUUAACGGUCUCUGGAGGUUCUCAUAACCUCCAUACUUCAAGGAGCAUUGGGUUUUUACCAAUGAUGGAUCCCGAUAAACCAGAAUUCAAAGAUAAGCAAACUGCUGUUGAGGAUACAUAUCGACAAAUGCGAAAACUAUGUGAGAAUUACAAAUUGUUCGCGAAACCGGAUGACUUGGAUGAACUAUAUUCGACUAGCCUAAAUUUAAGUUAUAUCCAAGAUGAUUAUGAAACUAUAAAACAUGAACUAUCAGUCAUUAAAGCUAAUCGUCAAAUUGCUCGAGACGCACUUUUAGCUGCCGGAUUUCAAUGUCCCGAUGAUCCACCAACAUAGUUUCUCUUAAUCAUCUAUCUACACCGUGAGUACCAGAACUCAAACUUUGGCAUCACCAUAAAACUCUUAGCUAGAUGGCUUAAAACCAUCCAAGUGUAGCUCAGAAGAAACGGAUAUUGCUAAAAUCCAAAGUUAGUUACAGUUUCUAAUAAACCGAGUUUGUAGUUAAAAUCGUACGUGAGAUUAUAACAAUGUUUCAACGUAAUGUUUAGUCGAUCAACAUAGAGUUCUAAAAGUAUGCAUAGAAUACUUCAAUUCUACUAUAUAUAUUCAAGCGUCAUACUUCUGCUGCAAAUACCGUGGCGUGUUGUAUACGUGAAGUGUUAACUUUAUGAUCACAGCACUCUUCUUUUAAUCAAUGAGAUGUAUGUUCGAAUCCCGUUUCACUUUCAUCGGUUUAGAUUAUUAGGUAAUAUCACUAACGCGUAUGUUAACAGUUUGGUUCAAAGUCAGGUAAAUUACAGAAGCAUUAUUAAAAGUUGUUUUCACCUGGUAUAGUGCGAAAGAUAGAAAGCCUACAUGGCUCAGAAUCGAUCAUAAUGGCUUAGGUGUGUAUACUCUUUUUCUCCUCUUAAAUCGUGAGAUUAGAAUUGCUCUAUACCUUUAUUCAUGUGAAAUAGUUCCUUCUUUCUGUAUUAUAUCCUUAUGCACAAUCUUUCUUUUAUAUAUUGCUACCAUUGAAGUAACUACUAUGAAUUUGGUGUUCAUCUUGUGCUAAUGAGGUAUGGCAACUUUGACCGAUGCAUAUAUGUGCUUGGUCCUACGUUGCAGCUGACUGUCUCACGCUUCGUUUCUCUUUAAAGACAUACACAUAAUCUCUGAUAGGCUAACUCUAUGAUUUCUAUGGUGUAUUCUGAGUACAGUGUUUUUUAACCCCUAUCAAAGCUCUAGUAAUUUUUAACAUCAGUCGUAGAAUGGUACUCUUGAUUCACCAUCAGAAACUUAAUCAUGAGCCCCUUUAGUCACGAAUUAAGCAUCAGGUUAAAAAAUAAACUUCAUCUAGCACUUUUUAUCCAUAAGGAUGUUUCGGAAUCAGAUGCCUCAUCAACUACUCAACGGUAUGUUAUGUCGUCUAUAUGAUUGUUGUGAUACUCGUUUCCAAGUUAAAAUGUAUAUCCCUAAAAGCAUCUAUACUGUCAAUAAAGUGCAUAGAGCUUAAAAAUCCUAUUUUAUUUAUUCUCUGCGAAAUAUAUAUUUUGAAAUAUUCAUAUCACCCGUUGAUUCUAUUGGGAAUCAUUAUUCAAAAUAGAAUUCUCACUAUUAACUCUAUAUAAUCAUUAAUUUGAUUAAAAUUUUUCACUAAAAUCAUAACAAUAGAAAUUUCGUCUGAUAUUCGAAUUAGUUUGAUGACAGGACGUUUAAUAACAUUCAAAUGUCAUUUGAUGCUGAUUAAGUGAAUCAUACCGUUUUGGAUGUUUUGGCUAAUUCUGUUGGUUUUGGUUUAUUAUCUAGUUUCAUGACUUCAAGUGAGGUAAUAAAUUGAUUGACUUUCAUGAGGAUCUGUUAUUCGGCCAAGUCAUUAUUCUCUUUGAAUGUACUGAUAUUUUGUCUGUCAUUUUAACAUUCCAAAAUGAAAUUAUAGCAGUGGUACCAGAAGCAGAAACUGAAUAUAUACACGGAACACAAUUAAACGAUGAUCACCGGACAUCAGUAAGCUGACUGAAGUGCAUUUAUUAUCAAGAUGAAGCGGUGAGUGACGUGAUAUCUUUAAUUAUCUUAGUGAAAUAAAUCUAAAUGACCCUACCAACAGGUCAAAAUCCUAAGAGAAACUUCUGAUACAAAGUCCUGCAGUAAAUACAUCUUAUUUUCGCUUUUGACUAAAUAAAUCUUAAGAUGGAGUAAAAUCUGUCUAAACUUUCAUAAAAUUAGUUGGUAUCAGUAUCCUAAUAAACAUGUAUUGUCACUGCAACUAUCCUUACUUGUACAUCUGUGGAGCGCAAACAUGUUACAUUGAUUAUUUCAGAAGUUAAAUGAAAAUUAAUUGUUUAACAAAUAAUCAGGCUUUUCGAUCAUGUUAUUUCCAUAAUCAUUAACUGAAUUACAAUAUUCAUGUUUACCCUAUUUUUGGAUCUAGGUCAACUUUAAUCUAAUCAAAUUUUUGAUUAACAAUUAUUAAACUCUAUUCCAUUAUUGAAAUACAGUAUAUUCUGAAAAUCAAGUUGUUUCCGCUACAAUGAUUAAGGUGGAAUUAGUAACAUAUUCCUAACAUUCUAUUAUUGAUGCGUACAUUAUUAAAUGUAAUUUCUUGUUGAAGAAUUUUUAUAGACUUAAUAAAACUUUAAUUGAUGUGCAAUACUUGUUAAAAAAUAUGACAUAAUACAAUGUAAGCUAAAUAAAUACAACAAGC